AUGCAUUUGAAAUACUUAGGAUACUUAGCUGGGUUACUGGUGGUGGUGGCCUCGCAAGGAGAUCACUCGACAGAGUUCACUGAGUGUUUGAGCCAGUGUAUUACACUCAUGAGUUGUGAUCGAACCAAUAUUUUUGAAGAAAUCUCCAAACAACGAUUUGCCCAAGAAGAAAAGGAUGCAAAUGCCGAAUUUGCCCAAGAACAAUCAUAUAACUUGAAGAAAAGAGAGAUUCCACCUUCGUUCAAGUAUACAUUUGAAGAUUUCAAUAAUAAUUAUAGAAUUUCGCCGAUCUUCCAAUUAAUUUUCCAAUGGGAUUGUAAACUGGAUUGUAAUUAUAAAUGCCAACAAUUUGUUAGUAAUAAUCGAGAAAUUAAUGAUUUACCAAUGGUGCAAUUUUAUGGGAAAUGGCCAUUUAAAAGAAUCUGGGGAUUUACUGAAUUUUUCCUGUCAAUUUUCUCCAUUGGUAACUUAUACGUUAAUUGGGUUAAUUUACCAAAAAUUUUACAACAGUAUCUGAAAAAUAAGAAACAUAAUUUAGAAUUGGCAACCAUGUAUCAGCAAUAUUUAAUCUUAUUGAUAAUAUCAGUAAUUGGAUGGCUUUUCAGUACGUUAUUCCAUAUAAGAGAUAAUGCAGUGAGUGAAACUUUAGAUUACUUUGGUGCUGCAAGUAUUAUAAUGGCUAAUUUUAAUGCCAUUAUAAUUAGAUACUUUGAACUAUUCAAGAAAGAUCAACAAGCUACUAGAAAUUAUUUUCAGUUUGGAUUAGUAUGCGUUUGGAUCUUACAUAUUACCAAAUUAAAAUUGAACUGGGAUUAUAAUUAUAAUACAGUAUUUAAUUUAGUGUUUGGAGCAAGUUCCAUAAUCUUAUGGAUGGUUCAUUCCUAUAACAUUAUCAAGUUAUAUUGUGAAAAUGAUCAUAUUUAUAAUAAUUCAAUACAAUUAUUGCCUUUUGAAACCAAAAUCUUAACCAAAUUGAAUUAUAUUGGGAUAAUUUCCAAAACAAAAUACAUUCCAUACAUUCCAAUUUUUUUAAAUUUAUGGUUGAUCUUUGGUAUUAGUUUUGAAAUCUUAGAUUUCGAACCUUGGAAAAGAUUAAUCGACGGACAUGCUAUAUGGCAUCUAAUUACUAUAAUUCCAAGUAUUAUUUGGUUUGAUUGGAAUAUAUGGGAUUUAGAAAUGUUUACAAUAAGUCAAGAUUUAAAUAAAUUUAAUUAGUGUAUGUAAUGAAUGAAGUAUAAAUGAAGUAUAAAUGAAUGAAGUAUAAAUGAAGUAUAAAUGAAUGAAGAUGCAAGAAAUGAAUGGGUAAUGCAAAGAAACCUAUUAAAAUAACCGAAGAGAAAAGAAAGUCGUGAAGAAAGAAUUAAAUGAAUAUGAUAUUAAACUAAUGAAGCAUCAACUUCUCGAGUUGAUUCAACUUCUUUGGUGGUUCUUCCUUUAAAUAAUGAACGAACCAUCUUACUAUUAAGACAUAGAACUAUCAUCAUGAUAAUAACAAAUUUUAUAAUAAAGUCAGUCAUAUCAUCACUAUCAUUAGUUUCAUAUGAAUAAUUUUGAUUGAAAAAUGGUAAUGCAUAUUUCAUAUUACCGGUUUCAUAAAACUUAUGUUCUCUUAAUAAAUGAGAAUCUGAUGUUGGUGGUGGUGGUGCCAUCGUUAAUGCUUGGGUAUGUAAAAAAUUGUAUAGACGUAGUCAAAAUGAUAUUUUUUU